AUGACCUGGGGAAACUGGACAACCGUCAAGGAGUUUAUUCUUACCAGCUUCUCAAGCUUGUCUUAUGAAGUACAAGCUCUACUAUUUCUCCUGUUUUUGAUCAUUUACCUCGUUACACUCUUGGGCAAUGUCCUCAUCAUCCUGGUUACUACAGCUGACUCUGCUCUACAAAGUCCCAUGUACUUCUUCCUUAGAAACUUAUCCUUCUUGGAAAUAGGCUUCAACUUGGUCAUUGUGCCCAAGAUGCUGAGUACUCUGAUACUGCAAGACAAAUCCAUCUCCUUCCUUGGCUGUGCUACUCAGAUGUAUUUCUUCUUUUUCUUUGGGGCUGCUGAGUGCUGCCUCCUGGCCACAAUGGCAUAUGACCGCUACAUGGCUAUCUGUGAUCCCUUGCACUACCCAAUAAUCAUGAGCCGCAGGUCCUGUGCCCAGCUGGCAGCUGCCUCUUGGUUCUCGGGAUUCCCGGUGGCCACUGUGCAAACCACAUGGAUUUUCAGUUUCCCUUUUUGUGGUCCUAACACGGUAAACCACUUCUUUUGUGACAGCCCCCCUGUCAUAGCCCUGGUCUGUGCUGAUACCUCCCUGUUUGAACUGGAGGCUCUGACAGCCACGGUUCUGUUCAUCCUCUUUCCUUUCUUACUGAUCCUGGGUUCCUAUGUCCGCAUCCUCGCCACCAUCUUCAGGAUGCCUUCAGCUGAGGGAAAACGCAAGGCCUUUUCCACUUGUUCCUCCCAUCUCCUGGUUGUCUCCCUCUUCUACAGUACUGCCAUCCUCACAUAUUUCCGGCCACGCUCAAACACCUCCCCCGAGAACAAAAAGAUGCUAUCACUCUCUUACACAGUCGUCACUCCAAUGUUGAACCCCAUCAUCUACAGCUUAAGGAAUAACGAGGUGAAAGCUGCACUGAGGCGGAUCAUGCAUAGAACUCUGGGUCCUCAGAAGCUGUGA